AUGGAAUUUGCGUACAAUUACAGUUAUCAUUCGAGUUUGGGAGUUAUUCCUUAUGAGGUUUUGUGUGGACCGGAAGUGUAUAUCCCUUAUCCGUUGUGUCCCCAUAGAAAGAUGUUAUUCGGUUUUGCAAAAAAGAAAAAGUUGAGUCCUCACUAUAUUGGACUGUUUGAGGUUUUGGAAAGGAUAGUUGAGGUGGCCUAUCGUUUGGCAUUGCCGCCAAGUUUGGCUAAAGUUCAUAAAGUUUUUCAUGUGUCGAUAUUGAGGAGAUAUGUGCAUAGUCCGUCCCAUGUUAUUGAUAAUGAGCCACUACAUGUUCACGAUGAUUUAACCUAUGAUGAGCAACCCGUAGAGAUUUUGGAUAUGAUGGAGAAGGUCCUUCACAACAAAACGAUUCUACUGGUCAAAGUUCUGUGGCACAAUCAUGCGGUUGAGGAAGCCACUUGGGAGCUUGAUGAAGAGAUGCGCAAGAUGUACCCGCAUUUGUAUAAUUGA